CCGCUUUGCACGCCAUCUACCGCCUGAUUUUCUAAAUACAAAAAAUAAAACAUGCGGUCCCUUUAAAGCAGUUUUCUGAUAUUGCAUUUGGUUUCAAACUCAGUUUACAAGACAAGUUCUUGCGCUAUCAAUUCUGUUUUAAACUCCCAGGAAUGCCACAUUUUUUCUCGAAUUUGCACAGUUGAAAUAAGUGUCACUACAAACUUCUUUUCCUGUUGAAGAUUUGAAAUGAUGAAUAUGAGAGGUCCUCGUCCAAUGCCACGUCCAGGAGGCCCCCAUGGUCAUCCUGGUCCUGCCCGACUCCCUGGACCCCCAGGCCCUGGAGGCCCAGGCAUGAGACCCCCACCAGGAAUGAGGCCACCUGGUCCCCCAGGAAUGGGCCCCAUGGGUGGCCCCCCAGGCCCCAUGAGACCACCAGGACCAAACAUGGGCAGACCAGGGCCAAAUAUGGGUGGACCGGGACCAAAUAUGGGUCCCGGAGGGCCAGGGCCAAACAUGGGCCCCGGAGGACCAGGGCCGAACAUGGGUCCAGGAGGGCCAGGACCAAACAUGGGUCCUGGUGGACCAGGGCCAAAUAUGGGUGGUCCUGGACCUAAGAUGGGUGGCCCGGGUGCAAGUGCUUCAAAUAUCACAAAUGAUCCCAAGGGGGCACACUGCAGACUAUUUGUAGGAAAUCUCAACACAAUAGCCUUGAAGAAGGAAGAUGUAGAAAAUAUAUUUAGAAAGUAUGGUGUGGUGUUAGGUAUUUCAAUGCAUAAAGGCUAUGCAUUUGUGCAAUACGGAACUCCUGAGGAUGCUAGGAGAGGUUCAGUCAUGGAGGAUGGAAAAACAUACGCAGGCCAGACGCUAGAUAUAAACAUAGCAUCAGAACCAAAGAAAAACAACAAAAGACACGCAGCAAAUUCCAACAAUGCUCAGGAGAGCCCGGUUGAGAAAAAGGCACGGGUGGAGGGUGGCGCUGCCCCAGGGGGUCGGAAUCUGGUGUCCCUAGGGUCGGGGCUUAAAGAUGCGAGGAUUGAGACCUCCAGCACCUCAAUAACACUCUCCAGACCAACCGGGAAGGCUCUGAAAAAGACCACAAUAUCAACUGGCAACGACAUCUUGAUCUGUGGCAACUGCAAGUCUCUACACAGCAGCCUGGCCACGUUCGUGCAGCACAAGAAGGCAAAGUGUGAGCUGAAGAUCCAGUGUAAAUGUCACAUGCCUUCAUCUGCGAUGCCCACACCUCCUGUCACACCAACCCCUGCCGGGGACAGCAAAAGUUUGGAACGGAUAUUACCUACAUCAGCCAACAGUGAUGGUGGACAAAGCCUGAUGUGCGCGGUAUGUGACACGGUUGUAUCCUCCGCCUGGGAGCUGUGCAAACACUGUCAGGAGAAACACAACAUCGCCAUCUUCAAGGCAGCUGAUGGGGAAAGUGCUGAGAAAGAGGAGAGCAAUAAAGACGUGAAAACAGAGAAGAAAGACGAAGUAAAUGAGGUCAAUGGCGGGAAAUGAUGGGUCAAGGUCACUGGAGGUGUAGGUCACUGAAGGAAAAGGCCACUGGAAGUGAAGGUCACUGGAAGUCAAAGGUCACUGGUUUAUUAGGGCAGCAGGGGUUAUGUGCUAUAUGUGUAUUACAAUACCAAGAUAGACCUGCUAUGUUACAGUGUUAUUUCAAUGUUUAUUAUACAUUAUGAAUAAGCAUUAUGACUUUGUCAUUGUUUAGUUACAGUUCUUUGACCUAUCACUUUGUCUAUAAGUAUGAGGAUUUAUUUGCAUAAUAGCAAUGUUAUUUUAGUAAACAAUCAUGUUGGCAUGGUAUGUAGUUAGUCAUAUGUAUCUGUAUGAAAAAUCACAUUCUGUGGAUUAGUUUCCCAAGAUUAAUUGUAUAGCCAUAUACUGUACAUUACCACAUGUGCUAUAGUUCAUAAUUGUACACUAUUUGUGAAUGGUUGUUGGAUUGUAUGCAUUACUUGUUUGUGUUAAAAUGUCACAUGUUGCAUUGUUUUUUUGACUGCUGUUUGUUAAAUGUACCUGUAUAUUGUUUAUCUUGGGAAUGUACUCAUGUGAGAAAAGUUUAAGAUUUGGUAUGUUUGUUCUGAAAUAGAAUUGUUACUGAUGUUUCCCACAUAUAAUACGUUAUGUUGCAAUGGCAUGUAUAAACAGUCAUACUCAUUUCAUAGUGCUGGUGUUCUGUGUUUAGUACAUUUCAUGGCUUUGGUGUAUUCAUGUUUAUACCAUCAGAUUUAUUGAAAACAUUCUGCAGUUAUGUAUACAUGUGUGUUUGUAUAUUUCUACGAGUCAUUCAUGUCAAGAAGUUAGAUCAUGUACAAUUGUAUAUGAAAAUGUGUUCAAUUGUGUUGAAAAAAUAGUAAAAAGUGUAAACUCAGAUUGUCCUGUUCAUAAUAUACAAAUUAUGGCAUGAAAUAUAUUUUUCUCGAACUGUAUGUAACAUUCAAAAAUAUAUCCCAUUCAGUAAAAAAUCAUUAUAAUCUAACAAAAGUAAGUAGUUUCACGACCAUGUUGUAAUCUGUAAAGAGACAUUCUUUUUUGUAAGUGUAUUGUAAAUGUUUUGAAUGAAAAUAAAUCGUAUAGAUGUUUAAUCAUGUUUUUGUUUUUAUUGAAAUUUUGGAUUUGUUUAUUUUUGGUAUUCAUGUAUGAAGUGCUACAUUUACCCUGUUUAUUUAUAAAUCAAGGCUUACUCUUGAAAUAAUCUUAUCUUGGACUUUACUUAAAGAUAGGUAAUCUUAAAGGAAGAAUUAGUCAUUAUUUUGUGUAUUUUAUAUCUAAUGUGAUGGAGUGUUAAAAUGUGAUCUUGUAAUGCCUGAAACCAGCAGUUUAUCUUUUUACAUGUUUUUAAGUGACUGAGUUUACAUUAUAGUGCAAUUUAUGGAAAGAAAUGUGCUAUUUUAUAGUAAUUGACAAGGUUUUCAUGAUAUCUUUUUCCUCUAAAUAUUCUGAAUUGCAUUUAAAUUGGUAUAAUUUUAAAUUUUACAAACUAGGUAUCAAGUCAGACAUGUUAUUCAAAAGUAUUAAAAAAAGAACAAACAUAAAAAAAAUGUUUAUUUUAUGAAUAUAAAUAUCAACAGUUGAUAAAAAUAGAAGUAAAAUAAUGCCCACAUUUUGUGUUCAUUUCAUUUCAAUUAUGUAAGGGAUUCAUAUCAAAUUAUUUUCUUAUUAUGUUUGUGUUUUUGUGUAGCAGAUUCAAUUGCAAUUAUUAAUAACAACGACAUUCCAGUGUUACCUGUUUAGUUUAUAUUUUAAGUUUUUUUUAGUUGUUUUGUUGUUGUGUGUUUAUUCUUUGAUAUCAGCAGACGUUUAAAAUUUGUGCAGGCUUUUUAAAUCUAAAAACAUAUCCCGGUAAUCAUUCCAUACAUUGUAAGAAGGCAUGUUGAUUUUACAGUUCAGAGUUAAUGGUAAUUCAUCCUUAUUAUAAGGUUUGUCAUCAAUUGCUAUUUUAGCUGUGUGUGUUUGAAAUUCAAAAGAACAAUUCAGUUGUCAGUUUUAGUUUACACACUUGACAAAUAUGAUAUAUGAAGAGUUGAAAACUAAAAUCAUUACAUUAUUGUUGUGGUAGGAAUGUAUGAAUUUCUUUAUUUCACAAGACAAGCUCUAUAUUAAUACUUAUUUUCUGAUUAAUCAGCCAGGGAACAAAAUUGGACAUAUUUAGAAUAAUUUAUUUGUGGUUAAAAUUGAAAUUUUAGUAUAAACUAUUUUCUGACUUCAAGUUCCGGUUUAUAUACCAGAAUUUUGACUUUAAAUACUGGUUGUCAUCGAGAAGUUUACAUAUGGCAUCAGAAUUUUGACUUGAAUACAAAACUUAUCAUUUUUAUGAUGGCUAUAUUAAAUGCUCUAAGCAUUUCAAACAUGGUCGAUAAGGUUUGUUUUUCAGAGAAAAAAAAGAGUUUUGUUAUGAAUAGAUAUCUUUAAAUAUGGUAUGGAAUUAUGUUUUAAAUAGACAAAUAAGUUGAAGUUGUUGGGUCGACAGGUGUUUCGAUUGAUGAGUUUUACUCUCAGUAAACAAAUUGUUUUUGGUGCUAAGUGUUUUUUGAUUGUCAUACAUUUUACCAGGCAAGUUUGAAAUUGGUUGUUCAUCAUUUUUCUCCACUUUUAUUGGAAGAUGAGAAGCUAUCUGUAUUUUUGCUGAGCGACUUUCCAACUGAAGCUUAAUGCUUCUAAGCCUGGGUUUACAGGUAAAUAUAGCUUUUACUGUACAUUACUUCCUUUUUGAGACUAAAGACAUUGAGCAUUUCAUUUAAACAGGAGUGUUUCAUUCUCAUUUAAUUGUUGGAACAAAUUUUGCAUGAACUAUUAUUAUUGCAAUCCUGCACUUUGCAUGUAUUUUGAUGUUAUUUCAAGUUUUUAUGAAGAUUAAUAUCAAAGCACUUCUUACUGUCCUAACUUGAAACUCACCAAGCUCAGAUAAUCUGGAUAAUAUUAUUGUUCUAUAGUGAUCUUGUGCUUUUGCUAACAGUAUAAGUCUUUGCAUUAAGGCAUAUUUACCCAAUGAAAAAGUGUUGCUAGAACUUAACUAUAUACAGAUCAUUUUAGAUCAUGUAUAAAAACUGGAUAUUCUCUGACCGCUUGUUAGAUAUUGUGACUUAUAAGUCGACCAAUUACUGUCAGGAGUGAUAUUAGAGUGGUGGUUUUUGCCUUAUGGAAGAUACAACAUCAGAUUUAUCAGUUUAAUAAUUGAUACGAGUAUUACAGUAGUGUGUAAAAUCGAUAUUAUAGUGAUGCUGAAUUCAAUAUAGUGGUGUCAAAGGCAUAUCAAUAUUAAAGUGAUGUUGCAAUCAUCGUAUAGUAGUAUCUAAAUCGAUAUUAUAAUGGUGCUAUUGAGCUUAUAAAAGAUGCAACUCAAAAUUAAUGUUUAUAUCGAUAAUAUAGUGAUGUGUAAAAUCCAUAAAGGGAUGUUAAAGUAAAUAUGUUAGUGGUGCUAUUGAGUUUAUGAAUGAUACAACUUAAGAUUAAUCCAUUUUAAAAAUCAAUAUUGUAGUUGUGCUUUUUGUUUUUUGAAAGAUUGAAGAUAUAAUUGCAGAUAAAUCAAUCUAAAAAUCGUUAAUUAUUAUGUUAAAGUGGUGUCAGAAUUGAUAUUAAAGAGGUUAUUUUUUUACUUAAAAAUCAUACUUCUUCAGACUUAGCAAUGUCAAAAACAAUAAAGUCAAACUCGAUAAAUAUUUAUUAUAUUAUAGUGGUUUCAAAAUCUAGAUUUAGAUGGGUUUUUUUGUUUUUAAAGAUACGACUUCCGAUUAAUCAAUGUCAAAAUCGAUAUUUUUUUAAAGUGGUGUUAAAAUCGAUAUUAUAUUGGCGUAAAAAUAAAAAAUCAUCGUGGCGAUUUUUUAACCUUUUUGUAAGCCAUUGUAAAAGAAAUUUAACUAGUAAAUGCAGUUAUAUCUAAACUCAUUGACAAAAUGAUUGAUAUAAACCCCAUUCUUUUUGUAUCCUUUACGUUUAAAAAACAUCUUGUUUUUGUUAAAAAAAGUUUUAAUUUAGAAGUUCAUAGCCAUGAAUGUAUUCAUUUAGAAUUUUGAGUUUUUUUCUGAUUCUUAGACUUCAGUCUGAUAGAAAUUCCGUGUAUUUUCCAAGAUUAGCAAAUCUAAUUUUAUACAAUGCGACAAGCAUUUAAGUGCUAACCCUGACAUAAGCAUUAUUCAGGCUUGAUGGAGUUGUUUUUCUUGUAUUGUUUUCAAGAAGUAUUUGAGUUUACUGACAUGAGUUGUGUCUCCCAUGCAUUGCUGGUACUAUGGAUAUUUUCGAUUAUUUUGCCCAAGAAUAUUUUUUAAAAUAUUAAGUAAUUAUGAAACAAAAACAUCUACGCGGAAACAUAUUUUUUUAACAAAUAUCUUUAUAUUUUUGUAGUGGAUAUAUCCCGGACAUUGUUACCUGGUUUAAUUUUGAUAUUUGACUUAUAAGUUAUAACUUAUAAGUGUCCUAAGGAGUUUUGAGUGAAGUUUGAGGUUUUGUGAACAUUUUAGAAUGGUUGCUACACCCUGCCAUGGAUUAGGGCACAUUUCGAGUUACUGUAUUUUUUACUCCACUGAUUAUUGCUGAGAAAAGUUAUGUUAUAGCAGUAGGUUCAUUUUUUAAUCCAUGAUCCCAAAAAUGGCAAUUCAUUUUUUUACAUUGAGCAUUAAGCUAUGGUUAAUGAAGUGUUUACCGUUUAAAGAUGUCGUGCAAACAGGUCCAUUUUCGGAUGGUUGAAGGUGGUUGUUGUCUGCGAAGCAUUGCAUACACGGGGAUUACUUUGUCAGGCGUCAUCUUCGUCCUCAUACUUUUCUUGUCGUUUUAACGAUUUUGUCUAUUGUCUGGUCGGUCAGUACGUGACUCGUAUUUAUUUGCGGGUCGAAGGUCAAAUAGGUCUACGGUCAUGGUGACCUUUACCUGAACACUUACGGACGUUUUCUUUUCCCAUCAAUAACAUUUGAACGACUUGGUGUAUAUUGUUAUGAUUUUGGGAUAAAUAGGUAAAAGGUGAAGGCCAUGGUGACCUUGACUGGAAAAAAUGUGGGCACUCCAGGCAGGCGCAUUCAUUCGCAAAAUUCAAGUUUAGUUAACUUUUUUAAACAUCAAAGAUAAUCUUAAGAUUUAUUAAUGAGAAAAAAAACAUUAUUUUUUUUCGGUAUGUUUUUGGAAAGGUCAUGGACUAGUAAGCGUCUUCAUAAUCGACUUUAUUGCAUUUUUUUUUAAAACGGCAAGAUUUAUAAUAGUUAUUACAAAUAUCUCAUUACGAUCUUAUUAUUAUCCCGGCAUGAACGCAAUACACACUAAAUCAAUGCAUGUAAAUAGUACAAUUAGGGCAGAGGAAACGAUAAGCCAGUCCCCUUUCGGUUGUUAACUUAUUAAUGAAGCUUGAUUGCCGAUAACAGAUGUCGCCACAGGGUGAUUGGGUUGUCUUGUUAUUAGAAAAUAACGCUUUUAAGUGAUUUUGUCAUUUGCCAGACCCAAACACAGCUUCUCAUUCGAUCCGUUUAUUCUUGAGUAUUUCCGAUCUAUAAAUACUUGUUCGAUAACAAUCAACGUCUUCUUAAGGUAUCUAUAAUGACCAGUCAAUUGUAACCACGGCCCCCCAGGUCCGGGGAAUAGCCGGGACUUUGACUUUCGGCCCAGCCAACACCGGGUAAAAUCUCCGCCCUGCGGGGACGAACUGAUGGUUAAACCCCGGCCAAAUGCCACCGCACCCCAGAGACUCUAUAUAAGGCCCAAUAUCCGCUAAAUUUGGCGCUAUGACAAAACCACCACGGUCACCCGGCCCUGCGGGGCCACCUGGAAAGUAAAAACACGGCCCUUUUCCCCGGUAUACCCCCGGACCUGGGAGGGCUGUGGUUACAAUUGACUGGUGCAUAAAGUUGACAUGAAAAUCAAAUUUCACGAAAAACAUCUAAUAUCUGUUUUUUUUUCUGGAUUCUAGCGUAAUAUUACAUAUACAGUUGUUUUUGUUUUUGUCUUUUUAAUUAAUUUACAUAUGGUUCAAGCUAUCGGGCAAACUAUUGAAUCCAUUUUUUAUGAUAAAUAUCCUGAUAUACGUUGACUCCACGUUAUACUCGUUGUCAAACCAUGAGUGCUUAUCAUUUGUUUAUAUUUCAUUUCUAAACCCAUCACAAUUUUUACCAGAUGUGUUCAAACUUGAUCUCAGAGGUAUUUAUUUGAAGUAUUUGAAACAGAAAAUAUAUUGAAAGAAACGAGA